AUGAGUAGCAAGAAGUUUGUUGUCCGAAUUGCAGAUGCGCUUUUCAAGUCAUCAUUGGCUAAGAAUACUCCACCUGUUUAUCCACAGAGGAUUGAGCAUUUUGAAAUCUUACCUAGUGAAAAAUGGGUUAUAUGGGGACCUGGAAAAGCCAAGUUUUUGGAUGUACUAAGUAAUAAAUAUAUCUGCGAGCCCCCACUAUCUUUGGCAUUCGGUUUCUUAAAGAAUAAUUCGUACAUUUUGCCGAGAAUUGAGCAAGUUGCUUUCAAAGGCGUUUUACCCACUGCUCAUUUGAGUGCCAGAUACGAAUUUUUUAAGGAUGACUAUGACCAAACGUGCAAACAAUUUAUAUUUGAUAAGGCUAGUGGAUCAAAUGCAGUUUCGUAUAAAGUGGCCACAAACAAUCGUAGGAUAAACAUGGAGCUGUAUGAUAUUCUAAUCGAGAACUUAAGACUAACCACUUUACAAGAUAGGUGGGUAAUGGGAUUGAGUAAUGGACAAAUGAGGAGAGCAAGAUUAGCCCGUAGUAUUCUUAAGGAACCCGACUUAUUACUAAUUGAUGACCCAUUUUUAGGGUUAGAUCCAAGUGCAACAGCGACAAUCUCACAAUUUUUGGCGAAUUAUGAAAGUAUGCCAGUAAAUAGUAGUUGCCCAAUUGUCAUUGGUUUAAGGUACCAAGAUUCUAUUCCUAAGUGGUGUACUCAUGUAUGUUGUGUCGAUGAACAGAACGGUAUAUUGUUUCAAGGCCCAAUCCAAAAGCUUCAAAAUAAAAUUGAUGAAACCAAAUCACGGGCACAGAAAGAAUUACAAGAGUCCCAAAUAAACAGCUAUUCCAAAGGAGAUAUUUCUAUUAACGAUUUACUUUCUGUACAUCCCAUGUUUGGGAAGGGUGACCAUGAAAUUAUCAAGAUGCCUCACGUUAUAGAAUUAGACGGCUUGAGUGUUUCGUACAAAGGUGAGGCUAUUUUGAAAAGCUUGCACUGGAAAGUCCAACCUGGCUCAAAAUGGCAUAUAAGAGGAGAUAAUGGUUCAGGUAAAUCGACCUUGUUAUCUCUACUCAUGGCAGAACAUCCUCAAUCGUGGAACUCAAAAGUGAUUGAAAAUGGUAUUCCACGGAGAACGGGCAAAACAAACUAUUUCGACAUUAAUAGCAAAAUAAGUAUGUCAUCACCUGAAUUACAUGCUAUUUUUCUGAAAAAUGCCGGAAGGAGGUUAAAUGUUAGAGAAAGUGUUGCAACUGGCUAUCGGGAUGCGUCCUCAAACAAUUUCUUACCGGUAUGGAAAUCUUUAGACAAAAAUGCUCAAAAAAUUAUCAACAUGUAUCUAAGGUAUUUCAACUUAGACCAAAUUGCUGAUAAUGUUCCCUUCGAACAAUUAACUGUUAGUGAUCAGAAAUUGGUCCUUUUUGUUAGGAGUUUGAUCAAGAUGCCGCAAAUAUUGAUUCUCGAUGAGGCCUUUUCCGGAAUGGAAGUUGAACCCAUGAUGCGUUGUCACGAACUUUUAAAACAGUGGCCAGGGACAGUUCUUGUAGUGGCACAUGUUGCUGAGGAGACGCCACAAUGUGACCAUUUUUUGAGACUUAUAUCUCCAGGGGACUAUGAAGUUGGCGACAUCAAAGAAAACUAG